GUCGGCCGCUCGCGUUGUAACUUGUAUCCCUUCGCGAAUAUGGCGCUGCCCUUCUAAAGGGUCGGGUGUUGCGGUCGGCCGAAUGACUUCAGUGCAAGGAUCCCGGUUAUAGAAUGGAUUCAAAUAAAGGGACGCCAUCGAGGAUAUUCGCACUUUCGCCAAUAGAAGCAAAAGAAGAAAUAGAUGAGAAACUGGAACGCAGCUUCACUUACCUCCAGUCACUGGUCAAUGGCGUGUCAGAAAAGGAGGCUCACGAUGCUCUCAAUGCUGCAGUGUGCAAGGGGGCCCAGGCGCACGACGACAUCAGUUCGGGCUUCCUCUACGGGAUCUUGGUGGACGGCACGAAUGCGGCUAGGUACUACCGAGACGUGACGUUCACGGUGCGCGACGGCCUGCAGCACCUCAUCAACACCCUGAGUGUCCUGAUCUUGGAGAAGUACACCAAGCUCCUGGACACAUGCAGGGCACAGCUCAUCUGGCUGAUGAAGGAGCUCAUCAAGAACUCUGUGCCCGGGGUGGACAACCUGUGCCAGAGCCUGCUGCGGCAGAUUGCCGGCGGCGACGUCUCUCCAAAGAACAUCUGGCUCGCUGAAGCGAUGCUCGACAUCUUCCUUGAGAACAGCACGUGGUUGGCGGGCCUCCCCGUGCUGAUAGCCACGGCGGUGUACACCUUCCUGCGCCUCAUUGUGGACCACGGCGGCCAGCUGUUUGCAACACUGCGGCAGCGGGAAGUGGACUUCUGCAUCUCUAUGCUCAGGGACAAGUUCACAGAGUGUGCCAUGAUCGGCCGCGAUCUGAUCCGGCUGCUCCAGAAUGUGGCCCGCAUCCCAGAGUUUGACAAGCUCUGGAGAGACCUCCUGAACAGCCCCAGCACCCUGUCACCAACCUUCACCGGCGUGCAGCAGCUGCUGACGCAGCGGACGUCGCGGCGGUUCCUCCAGUGCCGGCUAACGCCGGACAUGGAGCGCAAGAUCAACUUCCUCACGUCCCAAGUGAAGUUCGGCAACCAGAAGCGCUACCAGGACUGGUUCCAAAAGCAGUACCUGAGCACCCCGGAGAGCCAGUCCCUGCGGUGCGACCUCAUCCGCUUCAUCUGCGGCGUGAUCCACCCGUCCAACGAGCUGCUCUGCUCCGACAUCAUCCCCCGGUGGGCUGUCAUUGGCUGGCUGCUGACCACGUGCACCUCCAACGUGGCUGCCUCUAACGCCAAGCUGGCCCUCUUCUACGACUGGCUCUUCUUUUCCCCGGACAGAGACAACAUCAUGAACAUCGAGCCCGCGAUCCUGGUGAUGUACCACUCGAUGCGGCCGCACCCGGCCAUCACUGCCACGCUGCUGGACUUCCUCUGCAGGAUCAUGUCCAACUUCUGCAAAAGCCUGGCGGCCCAGGUCAAGGUGGGCAUCUACACUUCCCUGCGGCAGAUCUUGGAGAAGCGGGUGUUGGCGUCAUUGUCGCCGCUCUUCGACAACCCCAAGCUCGACAAGGAACUCAGGGCCAUGAUCCGGGAGCAGUUCACCGAGUUCUGCUCGCCCGUCGAAGGCAAAGUGGAAGACACGGUACCAAUGCCUCCGGGAUCCAUGAUCCUGGAUGGCAACCACAACUCGGUGAUGAACUGCGAGAACGAGGCCCAGUUUAGUGAAGACGAGGACGACAUCCCCCUGGGCAAGCUCCGCUCCAAGGACAUCAAAUUCCAGCCAAUCCGUGAGCCGAGCAAGGCGGAGCAGAUGGACAUCUCUGAGCAUCUGAACCAGCUCGGAGGAGAGAUACGCAAGAAGAUCCUGGAGCUGCAGAAUGAGAAGAACAGCGAGGUCCAAUGCGAGAUAGUGGAGGGUCUGCUUCAGGAGGUCCUUCGGGAGGAGGACUUUGACCAGGACACGGCCACUUCCAUCGGAACCUGUCUGGCGCAAAUCUUGGACAACGAGUUCACCAGAAAGCUCUUUCCCCAGGAACUCGAUGACGAGUCCAUCGAGGAGUCCAUCGGAACGCCCCUCUUCGUCAUAUUCAGGAACCUGUGCCAGACCCCCGAGGAGGACCCCAGCCGGCAGGCCCAGCUGAUGCUACUCUGGGAGCUGGGUCAGCACCAGCCCCGGCUCGGGUACCGGCUGCUCUACUUCCUCAGGGCCUCCUUCCCGGGGGGGACCGGCGGGGGGAGCGGGAGCGGCUCGGGGAACGGCCAGCCCAGCUACACGUCGUACCGGGACUACGCCCGCAGCCACCAUGCCCUCAACUCCUGCCUGCUGCAGGACCUCAGGCUCUGCCAGGAGGACGACGUUCGCCUUUUCUGCUACCUGGUGCCUGAAAUAUACACACAGUUCCCCAAUGUGGCCAUUGGCAACGCGGACAUUCUGAACCUCAUCGUCUCCUGCAUCGACGCACUUCAGCUGCAAGACCUGGUGUGCCACAUCCUACAGGGGAACAUGGUGAUGUUCCGCAAGGACUCCUUCAUCUCCAUACUGAACGCGAGCCUGGAGUGGGAGACCUUUGAGCAGUUCUGCCUGUGGCAGCUGAUUGCAGCCCACAACAUUCCCGUCGACUAUGUGCUGCCCAUCCUGCCCAAGCUCGAGUUCCAGGCGCAUGCGGAGGCCUUGACGAGCAUCCUGCUGCUGCUCAAGCAGGAGAAGCCCUCGGCAGAGCUGCUCAGGCACAUCCUGUGUCGGGACGUGAAGGGCAGCGACCUUUUUGUGGUCUCCAUCCUCAAGUACUGGACCCAGGAGCACGAGGUGCAACUCUCGGAGCUCGUGGGAGCCCUCUUCGUCAAGGCGGGGUCCGCGGCCAAGCGGAAAAGGCAGCCCUUGGGCAGCAAGAACCAGGGCCCGGCCCCGGAGCAGACCCUGGCUCAUUUGGACCAACUGAGGCAGCACUGCAGGCAAACCUCCUUCUUCAGCCAGGGUGCCAUCCAGGCUGCAUUGGCCCAAGUGCAAGCAUCCUCCACAGAGGCACAGAAGACCAAGUUCAGUGACCUGUUUGCGCUGGCGGACGACGCGGAAGAGCUAAAGCUCCCGCAGGCGUUGCCCAAGGGCUCCAGCGGGGCCCCCUCGAGGGGAAACCGCGGCGGUGGCAAGGCGGGUGGCACCGCCAACACGUCUCCACAAAAGUCCGCCCGCGUCAAGCCGGUGCUUGCAGACUCCGACAGCAGUACGGAGAGCAGCGAGGAUGAGGAAGCGGCCAAGCCCAAGCCUCCGCGCAAAAAGAAGAAAACUGCCCUCGUAACGUCUGACAGCGACUGAGCUUCGUGGAGGACUUGCUUUUAUAAAUAUGUACACAUCGACGGCACCUUGUGACUGAACAAAUGGAAGACUGGCGACGCUGCGAGAGAAGAGGCCAUUGCUGGGCUGCCAGAACACCAAGGAACACCUGUACAGUGGGCGCAACGAAGAGCGACGUGCGAGAAUGUGUGUGUCUGUGUGUGUGUGUGUGUGUGCUUGCAUUUGUUCACUAGGACAAGGCACAGUGCUGUACUGAAAGUGAUAUCUUGUAGGUCUUAGGAAGAAAAACUGCACUCGGGGUCGAACUGUUGGACUACAUUAGGUACACGGGGUGGAAUGUUUCGUCUGCUCUUUUUUUUUUUUUUUUGUAAAAAAUAUGAACGAUGUUGCGGAUCUAGUGAGCAUUCGGUGUAAAUAGUGCCCACAGUCUGUACAGCGACUUGGGAGCGGCGUGUUUUGUGUCGAAGCAGUCCGUCGUUGACUGUUCUUUAAAAAGGAAAUAAAUCUUACGAUCUAUUUAUAAUAUAAAUUGGGGUGCAUUGGCCCCACUAGGGGUGUUUCACAUCGCCUGCUGCAAUUAGAGAGCCUCAAUUAAGGGUGUGUUCAACUCAAACCAUGGAGAGCAUUUGCAA